GGAGUGCCCAGGGGUGCUGCCCAACCCCACAGGGAGCAGAGGGCACACAGGGGCACUGCACCAACAGCAGGGCACUGAAGGGUGCUGAAGGACAGGAGGAGCAGAGCUUGCAGCCUCCUGAAGUUCUAAGGUUGUAUGGGUUGGAGCCUUCUGGAAUUGUAUGGUGACGCUCUGGGUGUUGCGGCCAUCUCAGCUGUGAUAAUUGCACCCUGAGGAUGAAUCUUGCACUAACACAAGCUUCGCUGCUUGACAGACGCCUGCAAAAUGUCAUCACACCUUUGUGUGGACCUGUUUGGGUCUUUGAGAGAGGAGGUUUCAGCCCCUCGGGAGCAGAGAUUUACAUCCGAGGAGUUCUGUUGGCCCUGCACCAACGAGUAAAGCCUGCAAAGUGUUGCAAACAGGAAAACAUGCAAGAUUUUAAUUUUUUUUUCCCCUGUCAAGCCUCCAAAGCAUCUACUACAAAUAGUUUCAGGGAGAAAGCCGCAAGCCUUUCCCAAGGAGAUGCAGAGCUGCGCCGCGUAACAAUGGGAGUAGCAGGGCCGGGAUGGGGAUGCGGCUGGCCCUGGGGGAUGUCCCUCAUUAGCAUUCCCCGGCGGUAGCGGGGCUGUCGGGGCAGGAAUGCCAUUGUGCCGCGUCCCAGUGUUUGGGGACAAACACUGCUCCGGAGGGAACGUGUGAAAAGGCCACGGAGCUGACAGUGAAUGAGGAAGGCUGUGCUUUCUGCGCGCUUCAAGCAGGGAGGCUGUCACUCACCGGCCCGGCACAGCCAAACAGAGGCCAAAAGAGAGGGCUCAAAUACCUUUUUAAAAUGAUAUUAAUGGUUUUUAAACGUUUGCUUCCUUUGGGGUUGGGCUGUGCUGAAUAAUAUCGGUUGUGAGCAGGUAAAUAAAAGCACAUCUCCUUGCCACAGUGAACGUUUGCUAUGGGAGAUGGGAUUAUCAAAUAUUCCUACAGCUCCAAGUUUCUAUCAGUGUUUAGAUGUUUUUGAGCACUUACAAGGGUUUGGCUAAAUUUGGGUGUGGUAGUUAAACACAGCUGAGUUUUCACAGUCCUGAGGUUUUACUCUGUGUGUGGAAGGGGGACUGAGCUGGGAUGAGAAGUGACAGGAAACUGUGCUCAGUGUUCAUUAGCUUGAUCUAGCAGAACUUACAGUAAUAGUAAUUAAUCAUGUGAACCACAGCAAAUUACAUUACAUUAAAGUAAUGGAGCUAGUAUGCAAAAUACCUACAAGAAAACAAAAGGGAAUAAAAUUAUUGACUGAUUCUAUUAUUUGCUGUUUUGGCUAUGGGAAAACAAGCUUAAAUGCACUGCUUCAAACUGAAUAUACAGCACUUUUUCCAGACCAUGUGAAUAAACAUCAUUCAGGAGGCUUGCCUCAUUUUGCUAUGCAGAUCCACAAAAAUAUUACUGAUUUUAAAAAAUUGAAAUACUGCCAAUGUCAGAACAAAGAAGAAAAGAAAGCCUAUAUUUCUUCUAUUUUCUUGUGUUGUUCUUUUGAAACUGCUGACUCAAGUUCUGGAGGUUGAAUACCUCUGUAAGACACCAUCAAAACCUUUGUUCCAUAACUUUUAUUUUUGUACUUCAUAAGAAAUAUAUUUAUCAUUACUCUUCAGUUGGUUUUCACAGAUUGCAGUCAUUACAUUGUUCAGUAAGAAUUUCAAUGACUUGUUUUCUUUUUCCUUCAUAUGAAUAAAAUACAAACUAAUUUGUAGCUAUAAUAAUGUUCAGGGGGUUUGCGUGAAAACAGAUAAAAUGAUAGACUUUUAUAAAGUAUUUUUAAACUGCAUGUUUUUCCUAUAAUUUCUAUAUCCAUGCUUGUUCUAUAUCAUGCUUGAUUCUGAGUUAUCAGAAAUUUAUACCAAAUGAACCCUGUUUACAAUGCUCCUUUCAGAAGAUCAGAUUAUAUUGUGGUAAACUCAGCAUAAUAAUUAUUAGAUGUUACUAGAAGGAAACAAGAACUCCAUCAAAAUUCUUCAUUUUGUUUCUGAAUGAACACAGUUUUGUAUUUGUGUGUUUAUGGGUUAUAAAAGAAUAUAUUCUGAAAAUAA